GAAUCACCCCCCCUGUCCGCCGGUGGGAGAAUGAGAAUUUCUCCUCCUCUUUCUCCGCCUCCUGCGCUGCGCGUGCGAGCCAGUGCGCGUGUGUCAGUCAGCGAGUGAGUGAGUGAGUGUGCGUGUCAGUGGGCUGCUGCCAGUCGCUGCACGGGGAUUCAGAGCAGGAGCACUCAGGACCCGUCCACGCAGCAAGAGUCGCAUCCACACGUCCUCUUCCAACUUGGCUGUUCGUGGAUCUAUCCCCUGGAUCUUUCCCCGCUCGACUCACUCCCAGCAAGGAUUUGAGGGUUUCAAGAGUCCGCGCGGGGACCAUGGAUGUCCGCGGACACCGGUGACACAGCUGUGCUUUUCCCCGUGGAAACGUUCCCGCUCACCUGGCGUGCUGUGCUGAUCUCCCGGAGCUGCGACCGGGGAAUGGGAGAGAAGCCCACGCAGUCUGGGUCGCGGAGAGAACAAGGGGACGUUGUUCGGGGACACCACCGGAGAGGAGUCCUCCAGCGACGCUGCUGAAAUCCCCCCCGAGUGGAUUUGUUCAGGGAAUGUUGCGGGGUUGACAACCAGAACCCAGAGAAAGAAUCACGCGUUUGGACCGGACAAGUUUGUCAGUGUUUGUUUUGGGGGCUGAAUUUUGGAUCCAUGAGGAUAAAAACUGCGGGAUUCUCUCUUUAACUGCUUCACAUCCACCUGCAGCGGCUUCCUUUGCUCCACACUUCUUGCCCAAUGUGGCUGCAAAUGUUGGGAAUGCGGGUCGAGAUGGCGUGCGGAGGAGCUGGGAAUGGGAUGGGAAUCCUGCUGGUGCUGCUGCUGGAUUUACUGGCGACCACAGCCAGCAACAUGGAGCCCAUCUACUGGAACUCGCUCAACGAAAGGUUCAAAGACGACAAGGGGUACGUUCUGUACCCUCAGAUUGGGGACCGGCUGGACCUAAUCUGCCCACCGCUUGACACCAUCCGAUCCACGCCGGAGUAUGAGUAUUACAAGCUUUACCUGGUGUCCACACGGGAGCAGGCGGACCGCUGCGAAGUGAUGGGAUCCCCAAAUAUCGUGCUCACCUGCGACGAGCCAACUAGAGAGCGCCGAUUCACUAUCAAGUUCCAGGAGUUCUCUCCCAACCUGUGGGGGCACGAGUUCAAGAGCAUGCACGACUACUACAUCAUCGCUACAUCAGACGGAACACGUCAAGGUCUGGACAGCAUGAGAGGCGGCGUGUGCGCCACACAAGGCAUGAAGGUGGUGCUGAAAGUCGGACAGAGUCCUUACGGCCUUCCUCCCAAGAAGGAGUCCGCUGGACGCUCCACUAACCGAAAUUCAGGCACAGGAAACUCCACCCACGGCCGGGGCGCCAGCGGCUUCGGCGACACCGAAGGAAGCGGUGAGAACGGACCCCUCCAGCCCUCCAACAUUGCCCUCAUCGCCGGCGCCGCUGGCGGUUCUGCCUUUCUACUCCUGGUCACCGCUGUGAUCUGCGUUGUUUGCUACCGACGGCGGCACGCCAAACACUCAGACACCCACCACCCCCCACUGUCGCUGUCCUCGCUCACUAGCCCCAAGAGAGGAGGGGGCGGCGGCAUUAGCAGCUCCAACAACAACGGAUCGGAACCGAGUGACAUCAUCAUCCCGCUGCGGACAUCUGACUCCGCCUACUGCCCUCACUAUGAGAAAGUGAGUGGGGACUACGGACACCCCGUCUACAUCGUCCAGGAGAUGCCGCCGCAGAGCCCGGCUAACAUCUACUACAAAGUAUGAGGCGGCUGAUGGUCCGCCACCUGGACACGCCCACCUCUGCCUACCCAGAACCCCUCUGCAAAGAUCACUGUCCUUCAGCCUCCCAACUUCUAUUAUUGACCCUCACAGAUCUCCCACCACACCGAGGAAGUGUGUGUCAGGGUCACGGACACGGAUCCGCCUGAGCCGGCUGGACCCUCUGAGUUCCUCCUCUUUGUGAAAAGAGCCACCUCCCCCCCAUGUAAGGAGUCACUUUAAAUGACCAACAUGUGUGUGCAAAGGAGCUAUUCCAGAACUUGUGAGGAAUUGGAUUAACAAACUAAGACUCCCGAAAGCCACACCUGCCUCGCCCGCCUCCCACCGCCACAGAGACGAGCCCUGACACUGAACUCACCUCAGGACUUCCUGAGACCGCAGGGGCCUCGAACUCGACCGAUCAGCCAUGCCGUUGCUCGCGGUCCCAUGACCAGGCCCACGGCAGAAUCUUGUAUAUUUUAAUAACAUGCGUGUGUGUGACUGUGCGAGUGCGACGGUUACCAUGCGGCCACCAGGCAUCGCGAGGGGUUUUAGUUUGUGCGUUUUGUGCGAUUGUUCGUUAGACUCGUCUUAAAUACCAAAACACAACAUAGUGAGCGGAUAUUGAAAAAAAAAAGUUUUUUGUAUUGUUAUUGACACUUCUAGAUGAAAUAUAUGAAUAUCCAGUAAAUAGUUUAUUAUUUUUGAACCACCCCCCUGUUGCUAGGCAGAAUUUUAUCUGCCGAUUUUAUUCUUUUGUCGUGUACGUGCGCGCGACUGAGUGAACGUGUGCGUGCGUAUCCAGGAAGUACAUUUCUGUUACUUUUAAACUUCCGUUGAUAGGCAGAAUUUUUCCUGCUGUUAUUAUUUUUAGUCACUUCAAUACUUUUUUUUUUCUUGUGUACAUUAAUUUAAUCACUCUUCAUUUCGCUGGUGAGUAGAGGCUGUUACUUCCUCCCCUUCUCCUCCUCCCCCCACAACGGUGUAUAUUUUUAUCACUCCGCGUACUUUGGCUGUAGUUUUGAAGUUUAGCGCUCGUUUGUGGAAGUGUCGAGGUAGAAACAUCCAUGGAAGUUUCUUUUUUUUUUUUCUUUUUUUUUUGAAACGCAUAUUUGAAAAGAGUCGGGUUGGGGGGAGGGGGCGAUGUGUGGGGGUGAGGUUGGGAGGGUGAAAGAAUAAAGGAGAGGGAAAGGGUUCUGUCUGGGGAGGAGGAAUAAAGCAGCAACUGAAUGCAGAACUUAAGAGGGAGGAGGUGAGGGUGAGGGAGAGACUGAAGGAAUUGCACACUAAAGAAAAUGGGGAGGAUGGAAGCAACGGGUGAGAGGAUGAAGGAUCUAUGGAUGGGGAGAUGACAAAGAACAGUGGAUGGAGAAAAGAAUUUCUCAAUCGUGUUUUAUCCGAGGAAAAGAAAAGGCGCGCGCUCACAUGCUCACGAAACCUUUGGGUUAUGUUUCUUAUAAUCACUCACUAAUAAGAUGUGAUGGGCAUUUCACUAUAAACUCUUGCUUGUGUGGCUGGUUUGGCUGCCCUCCACACUCCAGCCUGUUCAGCCUUGAAGACAGAGAGAAUUGAAAAACACAGUGGACCACGUUCCCCUCACUAAUCCUCCCAACACCGUUACAUGGAGAAAACAAGCAGGAGCAGGUUCAACUUGCAACACUGGGGCAACUACCAAACCGUGUUUGGCUCUUCUGUUUCUUGCUCGCCUUUUCACACACAUCCUGCAAUAAUUCCUGCGACACUCCAGUAGCAAGUCUCUGCUCCUACCGAGUUUUCUUUCCUUUCAUUUUUGACAUACUACAUCCCCACUUCCUGUUGACUGGCGCCAAACAUACCCAAGUGGGUGAUCAUGUGAUCUGCGUUCUCAUAUGUGCUAGUGUGGAGAUUCAGAGUCGUUCUGACGUGACGCUAAACUUAGCUUGUCCUUGUUUUCCAAUGAUGUCUCUAAAGAAAAGAGGUGGAUGAAUCCUCGUUCGGACACACGCAGACACAUACACAAGCUCAGUAUUGUUUUCUGGCACCUGUGUUUUUGUAUCAAUAUCAUCUCCUCUGAUGUGUCUCAUGAUGUUCCGAUUGUGUUAAAGUGGUUUUAGGAAUAAUGGAAAGAAAAAAAUGUAUUUGUUUAACAGUUUCAGAAACCAUGUGAUAAAAAAAAAAAUCUUUUGUAUGACAACUUUGUGUUUGUUCUGUGUCUGUUUAAACCAUUCUCUUUAAGAAGUCGGCAGUGCCAACCGAGUGUCACUGGUUAACUACAUUUUCGCUGAUUUUUGGGUCGUUGGCAUCCGCCCACUCGCCUGCUCAGCACAAUGCCGAAAGUCGGAUUCUUUUUUUUUUUCUUCCCUCCGUUGCGUUUCAGUAAUGUUCGUUUUUACAUGUUGUUUGAGUCUCACAACAAAAGAAAGUGUCGUUCUGUGGAGAGAAAACAGCGCCUCGCUCUGUCAUCGCUUGCUGGACCAAAAGUGUGUGUGAGUGUGUGUGUGUUCUGUUGAGUGUGUGUGUGUGUGUGUGUGUGUGUAGCUCUAUGUGCCAAUAACGAAUGAGCAGGGGCUGUGCAGAAAGUUGGGGGCCGUGCAGCGAGCUGGAGCCUCACUUGUGUUGAGACUUUGUGUUGCAGAGUGUUCCUCAGUGUAAGCAGAUUUUCUUUGUGACAAACCCCCCCCUCCACCUCCGACUGCUUUAUGCCCCGCCCCGUUGGCCUACUCCUCCCAUUCUUGACACACCUCUACAGAGGAGAAAACUAGAACAUUCCUGUUUGGAAGAAAAAAAAAGUUGAAUAAAAAAAAAAAAACGAGCAAAAAUGUUUUAAGCACCAAACACU